AUGUACAUCAGGCAAGAACAACUCCCACGCCUGAAGGAGUAUGAGUACUCUGGCGUGGACAAAAGUCUGGUCUCCCGAUAUGUCCUGAAACCAUACUGGUGGUCGCAAAUCAUCAAACUCUUCCCCCUCUCCAUGGCUCCCAACGCCAUCACUCUGACAGGCUUCGGCUUCGUCAUAGUCAACAUCCUUACAAUGCUCUACUUCAGCCCCAAUCUGGAUCAAGACUGCCCCUCAUGGGUCUACGCCAGCUGGUCUAUUGGGCUCUUCCUGUACCAAUCCCUUGAUGCUAUUGAUGGAAGCCAAGCGAGACGGACGAACCAGAGUGGGCCCUUGGGAGAACUCUUCGAUCAUGGCGUCGACGCGUUGAAUACGAGCUUGGAGGUGCUCUUAUUCGCGGCGGCGAUGAACUUCGGACAGGCGUGGAGGACUGUGUUGGUGCUUUUUGCAUGUUUGCUUACAUUUUACGUGCAAACUUGGGAUGAGUAUCAUACGAAGACGCUUACGUUGGGGUAUAUCUCGGGUCCUGUGGAGGGGAUCUUGACGCUUUGUGUGGUGUAUGGGGUCACGGCGUAUAUGGGAGGUGGAAGCUAUUGGCAGCAGCCGAUGUUGUGGGCCUUGGGGGUUCCGAGGUCCGAGUGGAUGCCGGAGCUGGUGUAUACGAUGGAUUUUGGGGACUUUUAUAUGGUGUAUGGCGGGGUUGUGUUGGUGUUUACUUUGCUGGACAGUGCCAACAACGUCAUGGCGGCCAAACGAAAGCGUGGUGAGAAUCCGCAAGAAGCGUUGUUCGGCUUGGUCCCGUUCUUCGCCUCCUGGGGUCUGAUCGCAGCAUACCUGGCUCUGCAGCCGACCAUCCUUCGAGACCACCUCAUCCCCUUCGUCCUCUACGCAGGCUUGAUCAAUGCCUACAGUGUCGGCCAGAUGAUCACGGCACAUCUCACGAAGUCACUGUUCCCAUACCAGAACGUCAUCGCCCUGCCAUUGCUUUACGGUGUCCUGGACUCUCUCGGGCCCGUCCUCCUGGAGAGGUUCAACUUCGGCUGGUACAGCUCGCUCGGAGAUGGUGUCUACCAGGUUGCCUUCAUGUUCACAUGCUUGGGCCUGGGGUUCGGCAUCUAUGCAAGCUUCGUGGUGGAUGUGAUUGUGACGAUUUGCGACUACCUGGAUAUCUGGUGUCUGACGAUCAAACAUCCCUGGACGGCGGAAACGGAGCAGAGUGAGAGCAAGCACAUUAAUGAGAAGAAGGCUGCUUGA